AUGGCUGGGUCCGAGCACGAGCCCUUCCUCAGCCAGGCCGAUGACACCGCCGACGGGCCGGCGCCCGGCGCCCCGGGCUUCCCGGGCUCCCUGGCGAAUCCCAAGCCCGAGGCCCCGGAGGUCCCGGACCCGAAGAAGCUGCAGCGCAUCACGGGCGUGUCGGCGGCCCAGUCGGCGCUCAUCGUGGCCGUGCUGUGCUACAUCAACCUCCUCAACUACAUGGACCGCUUCACCGUGGCCGGCGUCCUCCCGGACAUUGAGCAGUUCUUCGACAUCGGGGACAGCAGCUCCGGCCUCAUCCAGACCGUGUUCAUCUCCAGUUACAUGGUGUUGGCACCCGUGUUUGGCUACCUGGGUGACAGGUACAAUCGGAAGUAUCUCAUGUGCGGGGGCAUUGCCUUCUGGUCCCUGGUGACACUGGGGUCGUCCUUCAUCCCCAAAGAGCAAUUCUGGCUGCUGCUCCUGACGCGGGGCCUGGUGGGGGUCGGGGAAGCCAGCUACUCCACCAUCGCGCCCACGCUCAUCGCUGACCUCUUCGUGGCAGACCAGCGGAGCCGGAUGCUCAGUGUGUUCUACUUUGCCAUCCCAGUGGGCAGUGGUCUGGGUUACAUCGCAGGCUCCAAAGUGAAGGACGUGGCUGGGGACUGGCACUGGGCUCUGAGGGUGACGCCUGGCCUGGGCGCGGUGGCGGUGCUGCUGCUGUUCCUGGUGGUGCGGGAGCCGCCCCGGGGGGCCGUGGAGCGCCACUCGGACUCCCCUCCCCUGAACCCCACCUCGUGGCGGGCGGACCUGCGGGCUCUGGCUAGAAACCCGAGCUUCGUCCUGUCCUCCCUCGGCUUCACCGCCGUGGCCUUCGUCACGGGCUCCCUGGCGCUCUGGGCUCCCGCCUUCCUGCUGCGCUCCCGCGUGGUCUUGGGGGAGACGCCGCCCUGUCUCCCCGGAGACUCUUGCUCUUCUUCUGACAGCCUCAUCUUUGGGCUCAUCACCUGCGUGACCGGUGUGCUGGGCGUGGGCCUGGGCGUGGAGAUCAGCCGCCGCCUCCGCCACGCCAACCCCCGGGCUGACCCGCUGGUCUGCGCCGCUGGCCUCCUGGGCUCCGCGCCCUUCCUCUUCCUGUCCGUGGCCUGUGCCAGGGGCAGCAUCGUGGCCACUUACGUGUUCAUCUUCAUUGGGGAGACGCUGCUGUCCAUGAACUGGGCCAUCGUGGCAGACAUUCUGCUGUAUGUGGUGAUCCCUACGAGGCGCUCCACCGCCGAGGCCUUCCAGAUUGUGCUGGCCCACCUGCUGGGCGAUGCCGGGAGCCCCUACCUCAUCGGCGUGAUGUCCGACCGCCUCCGCCGGAACUGGCCCCCCUCCUUCCUGUCCGAGUUCCGGGCCCUGCAGUUCUCGCUCAUGCUCUGCGCCUUCGUCGGCGCGCUGGGCGGGGCGGCCUUCCUGGGCACCGCCAUCUUCAUCGAGGGUGACCGCCGGCGGGCCCAGCUGCACGUGCAGGGUCUGCUGCAUGAGGCCGGCCCCGAGGACGACCGCAUCGUGGUGCCGCAGCAAGGCCGCUCCACCCGCGUCCCCGUGUCCAGCGUGCUCAUCUGA